GUGCUUUUUGGAACAUGGGAUGGAGUCUUUACUUCCUGUAUGAUUAACAUCUUUGGAGUAGUUCUCUUUCUGAGGACAGGUUGGCUGGUUGGGAACACUGGAAUUCUAAUGGGCAUGUUUUUGGUGUCCUUUGUCAUUUUGGUGGCCUUAAUAACCGUCCUAUCUGGCAUUGGGGUUUGUGAACGAUGUAGCAUCGGAAAUGGAGGAGUCUAUUCAAUGAUUUCUACUGUCCUUGGAGGUCAGGUUGGAGGCACCAUUGGCCUACUUUAUAUUUUUGGUCAGUGUGUUGCAGGUGCUAUGUACAUUACUGGAUUUGCUGAAUCCAUCUCUGACCUCCUGAACUUCACUAACAUUUGGGCAAUCAGAGGCAUCUCCCUUGUUGUUCUGCUGGCCUUGCUUGGAAUUAACCUGGCUGGGGUGAAAUGGAUAAUACGACUCCAGCUACUACUUCUCUUUCUACUGGCUGUUUCCACACUGGAUUUUGUCAUUGGAUCUUUCACGCACCUCAGUCCAGGAGUGAUGGCUGGGUUUAAUAUGAGUGGGGAUCUCAGGAAACCCGCAACGGAUAUCCCUAUAGGAUCUUUAUCUGCCAUUGGCAUUUCGUGGUUUUUAUACAUUGUUUUUGUUUUUUUACUGGGAGCUAUUUGUACCCGAGACUCACUCCGCUAUAAUUUUAUGAUAGCAGAAAAGGUAUCCUUGGUGGGCUUCUUAUUCUUACUUGGUUUAUACAUUUCAUCCUUAGCAUCUUGUAUGGGAGGUCUCUAUGGAGCACCCCGAAUCCUUCAGUGCAUUGCUCAAGAGAAAGUGAUACCUCUUCUUGCAUUUCUUGGACAUGGGAAAGGACCAAACAAAACUCCAGUGGCUGCAAUCUGCUUAACAAGCCUCAUCACCAUGGCUUUCGUUUUCAUUGGCCAAGUGAAUGUUCUUGCUCCGAUAGUUACAAUCAACUUCAUGCUCACAUAUAUUGCCGUGGAUUAUUCCUAUUUCUCAGUCUCCAUGAGCUACAAUCUUAAACAGAACUCCAAAAGGAUGCGGCAAGAGGAUGCCAGGGCUGUGCUAAGUUGCUCUCGACCUUUGAUACUCAGCAAAGCAACUUGUUAUGGAUCAAAUGGAACAGAUCAGCGGAGGUCAGAUGGAACUUUGCUGGAAUUCACAAAAGAUAUGAACCACCUUUUUAAGCCGGUCAAUCAAGACCCAGGAAUUGAUCUGGAACUAAAAGAAACUAAUGUGGAUGCCGCUCAAGUGAUCAAGCAGAGAAAGCAAAAGAAGGCAGCCAAGCAAACAUUAGAAGACAGCUUCUGUUUGGCUCUCGAGAACAACAUUGCUCAUAUUCAGGAGCCUUGCGACGAUUCCCUAGAAUCCAGUGUCAAAAAUGCGCAGCAUUUUUCACAGCCAAAUUGCCAAGAUGUGAAUGAAAAUGAUGCAUCUCCAUCUGUUAUUAGAAAAAACAAUCAGAAGGAAGAUGAUGGAGACCGACAUUUGGAUGAAAUGCAAAAAGCCCCCAGUCCACAGAUGGAGGGUUUAAAUCUAAAACAACAAAGCCAAGAAUUAGAAAUUCAGAAAAUACCAGUUUCUUUCUAUUCCAAGCUUUGUGAUCAUCGGGUUUCCUUGCUUGGUGCAAUAGUUUCAUUAGCCAUUAUGUUUGUUAUUCAGUGGAUUUAUACUCUCGUUAAUUUGGGAUUAGCAAUUAUUUUGUAUUUCUACAUUGGCAAAGCAAGUCCAGGACUACCACCUGGUGCAGCAGCUAAUUUCAGCCUUUUCAAGUGGAUUAAACUCCUUUUGCUUAAUGCCUGCAGGGGAAGGCCAUCCCCGGAGGAGCGAUUUGUUGUGACACCGACCUUUGCAACAGUUGGCAUGGAGACCACUCAACUCACUGAAGAGAAUACAGAUUUUGCUUCCCGGGAUCGUUACCAUCAUUCCUCUGUUAUCACCCGAGAAGAGUUGGUCCAUCAGUUCCAAUGAGAGAGCUACGUGCCAUUCACUUUACCAGCCAAUUAAAGACUCUGACUACAGACAUACCACCUGAUUAAAAGGCUUGCCCUUUUCCCAACUGAUCCUAAUGAAUACUGAAAUUUCCAAUUAAGGGGAGUCAGGGGGAAGGAGCGGCAGGCAAGUUCAAACCCUGCUCUGUCUAAAAAGAGGAUCUGGGUUUUCAUUCCAGAGCAUCGGAUAGAUUUGUGCAAUAACUAUCAGUCUAAAACAGAACGUGGUUUUGUAACACUACCUGUAUUUGCUAGAGGACAUAGGCCACCCCAAAUUCCAUUCCACAGGCAGGUCCUUCUGAAAUCUAGAGUUGCACCAGGCUUCUCCAAAGUGGUUGGUAUUCAUCGCCCAAAGAUCAGUAGGACUAUCCAUUGGUUUUGUUGUUAAUAUUGCUAUUUGUUGCACUGUUCAUUAAAGUAGUGUUUAUUAAAUUAUUUUCAUGUAGUAAACAUUUGGGGGUUGAUCAGCAAUCUGAAACUUAAUGAAGAGGUCAGUGAAUUGAAGAAUUUAGGGGCAUCCUGAAUUACAGGAUAUAAAGAGAGAAAGACGUUAUGGACAACCAAUGCAAGUGUUUACUAUAGGUAGAAAAGCUGAGUUUCCUAAUACCUUUUCCGAAUCUUGCAGUUGUCCUGAACAAUACUUUAAACUCAUACUGACUCUUCCUUAUUUAUAUUUCAAAAUUUAGGCACAAAACAAUUAGCUGUGACAUAAAACUUAAAUUGCACUUUAGUCUUCAGACUUCCCAUGCCUUCUAGGUCUUGCCCAGGAUGCUGUAUAAUGAGAUAUUAAUACAUUUUUGUAAUUUAUUAUCAUGGAAAAACCUACACAGUAUACUGUAAAGAGCAGAUCCUCAAAUGCUUCAAAGAGUAAUAUUAAAAUUCUUUAAAGCUACAAUACAUUACUCAUUUGUAUUGUUCACAUCUGAUUAUGGUAAACAAACAAAAGGAACACUUUAAGAGAUUUCUUUGGGUUAAUGCUGUCAAAUCCAUGGUUAGUCCCCCAUGUUUUGACAUCAGGACUGUUACAUACAUGGCCUGUAGGUGAGCUGUCAAAGUGAAAUGUGUGAGCAGAAUUUAUGUGUCUGUGG